AUGACAACAGUUCGCAAGAAAGAUGUGAGCCAGCACACAGCACAGAUCGUGGUGAGGAUCAACAACCUCAUCCAGACGAGGGACAACAUCGAGGUCAUCUUCCCAAAUGACAGAGAUGAACCAUUGAUCGUACGACUCAACGGAAAGGAAUUGUGCAACAAAAUUCUUCCUGGACCGAUUAUCCAAUCCGACUGCAAAUAUUCGGUGCACUACGGAGACAAGGGGGAUAUAAAAAUAAAACUUAAAAAAUCCGAGCCCUGUGAUUGGAUGAAGAGGUGGAGCCCCACUCGCGAGACACGCCCUCCUUCUUCAUUCGGCUCUGACGUUGGUUCAGAAAGUUUGACUUCACCAAGUCUCAGUCACUCAUCUGUUUCAGAACACUCAGACAAAGUUAAUCAUACACUGGCCAUUAAAGAACUAUGA